AUGGGUAAUACCAUUGCUCCGAGGAUCGAGAACGCUGAGAAGACUGGUGUUUUACAAGUCAGUGGCUUAAAAUUAAAAAAGGUUCCUGAACAAGUAAAACACCUUCGUAAUCUUCGGAGUUUAGAUCUCUCAAAUAAUAAAAUUGAAAAUAUCGACCCAUGGAUAUCUGUAUUAAAAAAUCUUAAGGUUCUAAACGUUGAAAACAACAAAUUAAAAUGUUUUCCUGCAGAACUAUAUCUACUAACAAAAUUGGAAUCAUUAAAUGGAAACAGUAAUUUCUUAAUUAAUUUUAUCACACCUGGAGCAAUUGUCAAUUUAAAUGAAUUAUCUUGUCUACGUACUGUAAAUUUGAGUCAUAAUUGUUUAACUGAAUUUCCUGUGGAACUGUGUUUAAAGUCAAUACCUAUCAAUGUGAUUGAUUUGUCAAAUAACCAAAUUAGUAUUAUACCGAAUGCUAUCGCUUCAUUACAGGCCAUUGAAAUUAAUUUGAAUUCGAAUAAAAUAUCAAUUAUAUCCAAUGGCAUGGCCCAAUGUGAACGAUUGAAAGUUUUACGCUUAGAACAUAAUUGUUUACGAUUAGAAAAUUUCCCAACCGAAUUACUAACAAAUUCACAAGUCUCCUUAAUAUGUGUCGAUGGGAAUUCAUUCAAUAUGAAAGAUUUUUACAAUUUGCCCGGUUAUUCAAAAUAUAUGGAACGUUUUACAGCAAUGAAGAAAAAAGCUGCUUAG